GGUUAAUGGGCAACAGAGUGCCGAGGACGAGCAGCCAGCAGGACUGGCCUGCCAUCCGCAACCAGAGCCUCGACGUCAUUCAUCGAGAGGGCAGGGAUGAGCUGCACAAAAUCAAGGCGGUCGGCAACCUCAGAAUCAGCGCCCGGUUCCUCUCGGGCGUCGACUUCGAGCCGGCUGUGCUCCGCCGCCGCCUCCGCGGCGCCCUGCACGACACCCAACUCGCCGACGGGACGCCGCUGGAUGCCGUGGUGACGUUCGACAUAGACAAUCUCGGGAGCAAGCUGCUGCUGCAGGUGUGGGUGCCCUAGACACGGGGGAUGGAUGGAUGGAUGGAUACUCUGGGUGUGUGUGUGCAGGCGUGGUGGCUGGUGGAGCACCAGCAGUGGGAUGAGGCGGCCGACGCGCUGCGGCUGGCCCACCAGCUGACCUACUGUGAGCUGCCGGUCAUCGUCACACAGCAAGAUUUAGAGAAACACCGUAGCAAACAGGUCGGUGGGCUGAUAGGCGAAGGGGACGGGUGGGUGGCACUCAUCUCUCUGUGUUUGUGUGAUGUGACGGAUGUGUGUGACGUCAGGCGUAUUUGGCUGAGCCGCGUGUGGUGGCGCUGUGGAAGAUGGUCGGCCGCUAUGUCGACUUCGGUGGCGAGCGGGGCAGAUUUGAGCUGUUCGACCACGGCAAUGGCGACCUGCGGGCCGUCAAGGACGAGCCCGAGCACCGCCUCAAUCUGACCCCCCUGCCCCCCGCCCACCCCUACCACACGCACACCAGCCCCCACAACCCCCCCGUCAGACACCACAUCGCCGGCUACAACGACGACAGCGGCUGGUACGGCUGGUACACUGGUGGCCGGGUGAUCACCGAUGCGUCAUUUUCCUCCUUUUUGAUGAGCACCAUCCUGCUGCGCACCUAUCCCGACAUGCAAAAUACCGAGAAAUUCAUAGACCGGUCGGCCAGUCCGUAAGGGGCACACCGAUUGUGGUCGUCCCUGAUGCUUCAUUGCCUGGCUGUGUGUGUCUGUCUGCAGUGAUGCCCGUGGCGGCGUGUUGGCGGGUCUGCUCGACCAGUCGGUCCACCAGCCGGUCGAGGGCACCACGGCCGCCAUGGCGUUUACCAUUGCCAACUACGCACCACACAAGUACCUGCUGCUGACGCCGUUCGACCACCCAUUCAUCGCAUCCAUCGACAUCGACGACUCGGGGAAUGGACAGGGCAAGCCACAGACGAGAGAGGGCCACCCAGACAGACAGCCCGUUCAUUCCGCUGUGCUGUGUGGCUGCAGUGUGUGUGGCGGUGUAUACGACCGAGCCGCUCGCAGCGGGUGUGUCUGCUGAUGCGCCCUUCAAGCAGCGCUUCCCCCGCACCACCGCCAUGGCGCGUUCCGUCCUGGGACCGAUGACGAUCGCACCCAUAGUGUUCGACGGUGAGGACCCCAAUGAGGACGACAACGGCGAUGGGCAGGACGACGAUGGCAAUAGCGAUGAAGGUGGGUGGGUCUCUCUCUCGGCACAGGGGCCCUUGAUGGAUGGUCAGGUCGGUCUCACUUGUGUGCUGUGUUGUGUGCAGAUAUGGGUGGCGAUAGCGAUGACGGGGAGCGCAACGGCGGCGAUGAGGAGGAGGGUAAGACAGACAGCACGAGGUGAGGUGCAUGAAGCAAAGCCAAUCUGGCUUUCCCUCCUUUGUGUAUGUGUGUGGUGGGUGGCUGUGCCUGCAGCUACGGCGGGUGACGGGGGCGGUGGAAAUGACGGACACGAUGAUAUAUGAUGUUGACACAGGUCGGUCGGUGGCACGUGUGUGUGUGUGUGUGCUGAUUGUCAUGUCUGUGUGUGCAAUGAUGGCAGGUUAGUUCGCUAGAGGUGGCGGCGAGGCGGUGUAGCUCACCCGACGGCACAAGACGGGGAAGGCAUGGAAAGAGAGA